GCGGGGGAAUGGCGGGCGGUUCGGAAGGUUCUGCCCUGUGAUCAGCGGAUUGCGGAAGGGGAGCGCAGGGGCCCUCUGGUAGGGCCCCACGUGGCCGCCUUUUACAGCUGGCCCUGGUUGGGAGUAGAUGAAAAAUGGAGGAAUGCUGCGGUAUCCUCCCACCUGUAAACAGUACAGGUGGGGCUGUCUGAGAAUAAUCUCUAAAUCAUUCCAGGAGCGAGGAGAGAAACUCUUUCACUAACAAGGGCAGCAUUGGCGCAUCAGUUUGGAAAGAUGGAAAGGGGUUCCCGUUCCGGCGUGGCGGUGGUGCGAGACCGAGACUCCACAAUCCCAGCUCCCCGUUGCCCUCAUGGUCCUACUCUUCUAUUUGUAAAGAUUUUUCAAGGAAAAGAAGAGGGAAGGAGAUUUUAUGCUUGUUCUGCUUGUAGAGAAAGAAAAGAUUGUAACUUUUUUCAGUGGGAAGAUGAAAAGGUAUCACAUGCUAGACUUUCAGCACGGGAAAAAUACAAUCAAAGUCAUCAACCAUUAUUCUCUCACACAGACAAUAUAGAAAGGUACAAGGAGUAUAUCAUGUUGCCACUAUCGGAAAGGAAGUUUUGUAGAGAAUGUCAGCUGCUGCUGUUGCCACUGGAGUGGGGAACACAUUUGGGCCAUCAGAUACUUAGCAAUGUCUCUGUUGCCCAGCUAAAAAGGCCUAGCCAGCUCCUCAGUCCUCUGGAGAAUAAGAAGAUGAAUGCACAAUAUCUGUUCACUGACAGAAGUUGCCAAUUCCUACUGGACCUUAUUGUUGCACUAGGAUUCAAAAGGGUGCUUUGUGUUGGCACCCCAAGGCUUCAUGAAUUAAUCAAAUUCCAAACAUCAUAUGAACGGAAGAUCUGCAUUAGGAGUCUUUUGCUAGAUAUUGAUUUCAGGUAUUCUCAGUUUUAUACAGAAGAGGACUUCUGCCACUAUAACAUGUUUAACCAUCAUUUCUUUGCUGGAGAGGCUGCUUAUGAAGUAUGUCAGAAAUUCUUGCAGCAAGAUAAAGGGAAAGAUGUCAUAAUGGUUGCUGAUCCUCCAUUUGGAGGCUUAGUUGAAGCUUUGGCUUUCAGUUUCAAAAAGCUGAUUACAAUGUGGAGACAAACGGGAGGUACAGAUCCUGCCAAUGAGUUACCCAUACUUUGGAUAUUUCCAUACUUCUUUGAGUCACGCAUUCUUGAAUUUUUUCCAAAUUUCAGUAUGCUGGAUUAUCAGGUGGACUAUGACAAUCAUGCCCUUUAUAAGCAUGGAAAGACAGGUCGUAAGCAGUCUCCAGUUCGUAUUUUGACCAACGUUUCACCACAUUUGAUAGUGCUUCCUGUAGAAGAAGGGUACAGGUUUUGCUCCAUCUGUCAGCGGUAUGUUAGUUUAAACAAUCAACACUGUGAGAUCUGCAAUUCAUGCACAUCAAAAGAUGGGAGACGAUGGACACAUUGUUCCCUUUGCGAAAAAUGUGUAAAACCUUCUUGGGUUCACUGCAGCAUUUGUGAUCGCUGUGCUUUUCCAAGUCACUCUUGUGAGAAUGUUGAGGCUGGAUGUUUUAUUUGUGGAGCAACUGACCACAAACGCACCACCUGCCCUAAUCGACAUGUGGCCAGGAGAGCUUACCAAGGUGAUAAAAAGCCAAGGCAAAAGAAGAAGGUAAAUGUGAACACUAUAAAAAUAUGUGGAAAGAAAGCAGGAAUGGCAAGGCAGAAACAGAGAAAGAACAAGAAAUAAAGAUCUGUAUAAUUUAUCUGACACCAUCAUGAUUACACCAUAUCUUUGUUCAGUUUGUCCAAAUUCUACUUUGGGUAUUGAAAAUCUGACUGAAUUGGAGACCAUAUUUUGGAAUUCUGUAAAUGUCACCAAAACAGGUCUCCCAAACUCUUGCUAAUGUGCUGAAUGUAUGUGAAAAGUCAAUCAGUAGUGUAAUCUAUUCAGUAUACUAUAGAUGUGCUUUCAAGAAUGCAAAAAACUUGUAACUGAACCAUGUGACAACUUAUAAAUGUUAAUAUAUUUUUGUAUUAAAAACCUGACAAAACCCA